CACGGGUAGAAAUCUAUCCUGACAGGAGACCCAGAGAAAAUCCGCCUGUCAGUCUGAUUCAGUCUAUGACAGCAGUCUGCACACCGACUCUUCUCUCACUGUCUGUAGACUUGAUGUCCUUCUUAAAGUUUGCUGAAGCUUAGUGAAGUCCACCAUUGGUUCUUUAGCUAAAAUGCCGUUUAUUGAACACAUAUCUUACUCGGACUUGGAGCGGCUCGCUCUGCAGCGGCUCGUCCCGGCCCUGCUGUCCCACGGCUUCUGCUACGUGGACGGGCUCCUCGGGGAGCUGGCCGGGAGCGCCGUGUUGGACCAGGUGGUGGAGAUGCACAACUCCGGACAGCUGCAAGACGGCCGCCUGGCCGGCUCCAUCCCGGGCGUCAGCCGGAGGAGCAUCAGGGGGGAUAAGAUCGCCUGGGUGAGCGGCGCAGAGCGCGGCUGCGAGGCGAUCAGCUUCCUGCUCAAUCUGAUCGACCGGCUCAUCUCCGUGUGCGCCUCCCGCCUGGGAGACAAGGCAAUCCAGGAGAGGUCCAAGGCAAUGGUUGCAUGCUACCCAGGAAAUGGGGCAGGUUAUGUGAAGCAUGUGGACAACCCAAAUCACGAUGGACGCCAUCUUACCUGCAUCUACUACCUCAACAAGAACUGGAACCCAAAAGAGCACGGUGGAGUUCUCAGGAUCUUUCCAGAAAGUAAACCUUACGUGGUUGACAUCAAGCCGCUUUUCGACAGGCUUCUGGUCUUUUGGUCUGACCGCAGAAACCCACACGAGGUGCAGCCCUCCUAUGCCACCAGGUACGCUAUUACGGUUUGGUAUUUUGACUCUGAGGAGCGAGCCCAGGCCAAGAAGCGCUUCAGAGCCCUUACAGGUAAAAAAGAAUACUUGUCAGCUACUCUUUUGUGUGUUGUAGGAACCAUAGAAAUAGAAUAUUCAUCUGUAGAUACUGAAGUACAAGUUUGAGGAUGCAUUUUGGUGAAGGUCAGACAGUCAGUAGAGGCAGGGUAUUAAGCUCGAGUUAAAACCUAUAAGAAUUAAGAAAUAGAUUUUAAUGCAAAUAAAUAGAACAAAUUAUAAUGCAUCUAAAAACAAUGCACAAAUGCACUGGGAUAUGUUUUAUUUUAAUCUGUACCCAAUUAAACUAAGAUAUAAAAGGUGACAAUGGGUAAAUAAUGACAGAUUUAUUGCAAGUGAAUAUAUUUUUUUUAACCAACAGAGUUUGUUCCUGACAUAUUUAUAGUGGAUUAUUAGACAUUAAGAACAAACUUUGAUUUGCUCUACUUUAGCUUAUUGAAAAUGUUCCUUUUUUGUUUCAGCCUCAACAGAGCAGAAGGGCUGCAGCUCUAGUUGAUGGUGACAAAACACUGCCAUCUAGUGUCUGUAUGGAGAACCGCAGACACCACUGCGCAGCUUUUUAAAAAGCUGGAACAAGACAGUGGAAGAAAACGGAAGUUGAAUUGUUUUCAGGGCCCAGAAGGCAUGGGGGGGCCUUGUGGUCUCCUAUUUUAACCAAACAUGGAUUUCUAACGUUGCUCCGACCUUGUCCAGGCUGCAGCAGAGCUGGACUGAAGUCAAAUCACCAGAGGGCUUCUGGGCAACUUCAGUUUUUUCUUUGGAAAAGUUUAUGCAUCGCUCUGCCCGCUCCUACCUGGGGCCCCCAUGAUGCACCAGCCCUCCGCCUACGACACAUAUUUCAUUGUAUUAUGUACAAUGAGAGUUAAGUUGGCGGAAAGCCACUGGAGUUUACAUGAAUAUGAGGAUUGUGAGCCUAUGUGACAAACGCCUCACAGCUCGUUUUUCCACCAGUCUUAAGAAGUUGGCACAUGAAAAUGCUGCCUGUUUACAAACUGGGAGAAAAAAGCCGUUAUUUCCUAGUGUGUAAUGUCUGAAUAUAUUCUGAAAAGCAGAGGCAGAAAUAGAUAUUAUAAAAGCUGACAAGAGAUUGAUUUGGAUACUGUUUUUAUAUAAAAAUAUUGGUUAUAAUUUCCAUACUUUGUCAUUUGUUGUCAGAAAUGCACUGCCUCUGCUUCUAAUGCAGGAAACAAAAUCUUUUUACAAACCUUUAUUUUUACAGGUAGUCUCAACUGAGACAUGAUUUAUAAGUUAGGAAAAAGAGAGCUGUAUGAUUCGAUUGAUGUAUAGAUCAGUAUAAAUAAAGAAAAGUUCUGAAAGAUA